AUGUAUAAUCUAGAACAAUUAGAACAACUUUCACUCUACGUGAUGAGAAGGUUUGGAGAGUAUUUCCAAGUCGUCUCAGCCUUUUCCAAAAUUAAUAACAACAACUCGGAUAAGAUUGAACAAAUCAGAGGAAGAAUUAACGAACAACGUGAAUUGUUGGAUACAUUAAAGAAGGACGUUGAAAUCAAUAGGAACAAGUACUCGGAAUCAGAAAUCAAAGCCUUUGAAAUUGAAAUUGAGAAGAGUGAGAAGAGGCUAGCCAAGCAAGUUGAAAUUCUUCAUCAAUACGAAAAUCAAGUUGAUACAAUGCAUCAUACGACAUUUAAUUUGAGUUUUAAAUUAAUUGUACAGGUGAUCAUUGCUCUAACUGUUUUGGCGUUAAUGUUUUAUAUGGUGUUUUUUUGGUAG